AGGAGGAGGAGGAGGAGGAUGAGCACCAGGGUGCUGAGCCCUGGGGGGCACAGAGCCCCCAGCAGCCCCCAGCAGACCUCAUCCAGACCUUGGACGUCCUUCCUCAUCCAGGACAUCCUACGAGAUGGGGUGGAGAGGGGAGAAAGGAUGGAUCAAGGUGGGAGACCUGAGGAUGGGAAGCAGCAGGAUGGCCCCGGAGCAUCCCCAGCACAGCCCCACGAUGUGAAUCCAGAUGCUGAGACCCCCCCGUGUGGCCAUGACCCCCCCCAGAAGGAGCUGCCCAGACCCCCCCGGCCAGCGAAGCGCUCGCGGGCGGCCUUCACCCACAGCCAAGUGUUGGAGUUGGAGCGGAACUUCAGCCGCCAGAAAUACCUGUCGGCCCCCGAGAGAGCUCACCUGGCCCAGAACCUGCAGCUGAGCGAGACGCAAGUGAAGAUCUGGUUCCAGAACCGCCGCUACAAGACCAAGAGGAGAGCGGGGGGCUCCGGCCUGGAGGUCGGGACCACUCACAAAGCAUCUGUUCUUCCCCCAGCCCCACUGCUGGCCCUGCACGGGGCCGCUCGCUGCCUGCCCUGCCUCUGUUACUGGAGCCCUGCUGCGUGGUGAGCGCCGUGCAUGGGGUGUUUUCCCCUCAAAUGGUGUUUUGUUUUUUUUUUUCCCCACCCCCAUGCCUUGUAGCCCUUGGUCAUGUUGAUUCAGAGAUGCGCCAUCGAGUUCAAGUGAUGCUCCGUGUUCUCUGGUGGAGAGCCAGCCCCUGCCAUCGCUAGGGUUUUAGCCAAAGAAUCAGAAAGCCAAAUUAUUAUUAUUACUAUUAUUAUUACUGUUGUUAUUACUACUAUUAUUAUUAAUAAUAAAUCCCCAAAGCUUUUACAAGGGUCGAUCCGCAGCAAAGAAUCCCACCCGAUGCUCAGCACCUUCUCAUUGCAUCACCAUCCUUUCUCAUUGCCAGGUUUCAGCCAGAGAAACAAAAAGCCAUGAAAGCUGAACAUCCCCAUAGCUUUUAACAACGCCUGCCGUGAUCAAACAUGGGGCAAUUUUGGGGGCAGAAAGCAAGAAAUUGUGUCUGCCUGCAGAAAGCAAUUCCCCAUCCAUCCCUCCAUAAGCACUGCGUGUCCCCCCAAUUCUUUGCAACCCCCACCAACUGGGUGAAGCACAACAGCUCACCCUGUGCACCAGCUGUUCCAUCAUGUGAUUUUUAAUUGUUAUCUUUAAAAAAAAAAA